CCCUCCUCCACGUCUCUCCUCCUCCCUUUCGCCGCCGCCGACGCCGACCAGCGCUGCCGGAAUUCUCUGCCGCCCUCGCCUCACCUCACCUCAGUGACCCUCGGUUCGUCGUCGGUCUUUGCUCUCGUCUUGGUCUUGAUCUUAUAUAGGAGCUUGGGGAAUCCACCGUAGUCGUUACAAUCAUCGAGGGUCCAAGGCAGAUGUUCCGUGAGAACGAUUCCGCCUUGUCCUGUUUCUACCUGUACUUGCUGUGGCUCUUCUUCCGGAAAUAAUCCAGAACUCGAUCCCAAAGUGUAGAAGAGUAGUUUCAGAUCAAGCGUACACUGAAUCAGAUCAAAAGGUGGAAUCUUUUUUAUAAUUUUCGCAAGGAUGUUGGACCUCAACGUGGCGUCGUCGGGAGAGUCGACGGCCGUUGAGGAGGAGACCAUUGGUAGAGGUACCGGCGGCGGAGGGCUGGCGAUUGGCUCCGAUACCUCCGAAUCAUCCGUCCUCAACGCCGAGGCCUCCGCUGACGCGGCGGCCGAUGAGAACUCGUGCUCGACCCGGCCGGUCACCGCCCCUGCCAUCGAGUUUGGCAUCUUGAGGAGCUCCGCGUCGGAAGAAGGCGAGAAUGAUGUCGACGAGGAGAACGAGGAGGUCAGAAACGUUGUUUCGCAGGAGCCCGCGUUGAUUACCAGGCAGCUCUUUCCGCCUGAGCCGCCGCUCGAACCGUUCCCGGCGGCGUCCUCCUCGCCGUCAUCAUCGAAACUGCAGUGGAUGGAUCCUAGCUUCUACCAGGCCGAUAUUGCGCCGCAGGCGACAGUCCCACUUCCUCGGCAGUGGCAGCCACAACCACAGCCACAGCCACAGCCACAGCCACAGCAGCAACAACAACAACAACAACAGGUGAAGAAGAGUAGGAGGGGGCCUCGCUCCCGGAGCUCUCAGUACAGGGGAGUCACGUUCUACCGGAGGACAGGAAGAUGGGAAUCCCACAUAUGGGAUUGCGGGAAGCAGGUCUAUUUGGGAGGCUUUAACACUGCUCAUGUGGCUGCGAGGGCAUAUGAUCGAGCGGCAAUCAAGUUCAGGGGAAUUGAUGCUGAUAUCAAUUUCAAUCUCAGUGACUAUGAGGAAGACAUGAAACAGAUGAAGAAUUUGACAAAAGAAGAGUUUGUGCACAUACUUCGCCGACAAAGCACUGGCUUUUCGAGAGGAAGCUCCAAAUACAGAGGGGUGACUCUUCACAAGUGUGGCCGAUGGGAAGCUCGCAUGGGGCAGUUGCUUGGCAAGAAGUACAUAUAUCUGGGGCUAUUCGACAGCGAAGAAGAGGCAGCAAUGGCUUAUGACAAAGCAGCUUUAAAAUGCAAUGGAAGGGAGGCAGUCACCAAUUUCGAUCCGAGUUCAUAUGAGGGACAUCUAUCGACCGAGGCUGAUUCGGAAGGCCAAAGCGUCGAUUUGAACUUGAAAAUUUCUCAACCUGAUGUUCAUAGUCCAAAGAGGGAUCAAAACCCGCCAGAAAUCCUGUAUUCCUAUAGCCCAUCUGAAGCUUCUGCUACAAAAAGGGUACAGAUUAGCAGCCCUCCUCUGCAACCAACCUCUACUCCGUAUCACAUGGAUAUGCUCCCUGAUAAAUCUCAUGCUUGGACUGCUCAAAAUCCUCCUUUUUAUUCCACCACUGAGGAAAGAGACAGAAAGAAGAGGCCCAUGGUGGGAUUGGAAGCUCUCCCAAACUGGACAUGGCAGAUGCAUGGCUCAACUCCUUUGCCGCUGUUCUCCUGUGCAGCAUCAUCAGGAUUCCCAACUGCCAUCAUAACUGCUGCCAUUCCUCCCCCGAAACCACCGGCUUCAACAUCAUCUCCAUUUCCUUCUACCAGUCAUAUCUGAUUGCCACUGCAGAAGUUACCAUGAUAAUUCUUGCUUGGAAUGUGAAAUUUCAUCUGUGCAAGAUUCUAUAUUUGCCACAUCUUUUUUCAUAUGCAAGGAGGGAGUCAUGCUGGAUGGUCAUCUGACUGUUCUAACAUCCAUGUUGCUGCAAUUUUUCACAUGUGUCUAGCAGAUCUGGGAUUGACAUUGAGGUGAAUGCUCAGGAUUUUGAAUCUGAUCCUUGUUCUUUUCUUCCUUUUUUGGUUCUGGGAACAGGAUUUGAGACUCUGUGCCAGAACCAGAUGAAAUGGACUUGUUCAUGCCUUCUUUCUUCACCUGUGUGCUCCCCCCUCCCAAGUCCUAAUUUGGUCCUUUGACAGCAGUCCUUUUACCCUUGUAAAAGUUGUGAUUAUAUUGUGGUGUGAACUGAUUACUUAAUGAAACUCAAGUAAAAUUGCUGUGUCUCA